CAUGUCAAACCGGCGGUGGAAUGACAAGUUGGCAUUUUUUACUAUAAUUCAUAUUCUCUCACUUCUAACGGCCAAGUGCUCCAGUGACAGUAUACUACCAAAUCAAUCUGAAGGGAAACACUGGGACUCAAGAAGGCUGCGGAGCGCUAAUGCUAACCUGGAGCGCCACGAGACGACGGUACCUUUCCUACUGCACGGAGCCGAGCUCAGGCCCAUCAGCCUUCUCAAAUCCAUGAGCCACCCUGCUUCAGUGAAGCUGCUGAUCACAGCGGAAGGGGAACAGUUGGUCCUGCUGCUGGAGAAAAAUGAGGGGCUGUUUGCAAGUCAAUACACGGAAACACACUACCUGGAUGAUGGAAGAUCUAUCACCGCUGCUCAUAAUUUCACGGUAAAUUGCUACUACCACGGUGAAGUACAGGGUCAUGAGCAUUCAGAUGUCAGCAUCAGCACCUGCAAUGGUCUCAGGGGAUUCAUCUCACUUGAAAGUAAAACCUUGAUCCUGGAGCCAGCAUUCCGUCCGGACAAUGGGACUCACUUGAUUUACAGAGGGGAGAAUCUUCGGUUUCCCUUUGGUACUUGCGGUCAUGGACACAACAUAUCAGCAGUCUCCCCAGACAACCCCGGAAGCCUCUUCAGAUCCUUCAAUACCAGGCACAAAAGGCAGGCCCAAAAGACCACCAAGUACGUGGAGUUGAUCAUCGUUGCCGACAACAGAGAGUUUCAGAAACAAGGAAAAGACCUGGAGAGGGUGAAGCAGAGACUGGCUGAGAUUGCCAACUAUGUGGACAAGUUCUACAGAGCAUUGAAUAUCCGCGUCGCUCUGGUGGGGCUGGAGGUGUGGAGUGACGGAGAUAAGUGCCCCAUCACUCAGGACCCCUUCACCACACUGCAUGAGUUCCUGGACUGGAGGAAACUGAAACUGCUGCCCCAGAGACCCCACGACAACGCCCAGCUCAUCAGCGGAGUUUACUUCCAGGGCACUACGAUUGGCAUGGCCCCCAUAAUGAGCAUGUGCACAGUGGAACAAUCCGGGGGCAUCGUCAUGGACCAUUCUGACAACCCGUUGGGGGCGGCAGUGACCCUGGCCCACGAGCUGGGGCACAACUUUGGGAUGAACCACGACACCCCGGAGAGGGGCUGCGGCUGCAGGAUGACCGUGGACCGGGGGGGCUGUAUCAUGACCCCCUCCACCGGGUAUCCUUUUCCAACCGUGUUCAGCAGCUGCAGCAAGAAGGACCUGACAGCCAGUCUGGAGAAGGGCGUGGGGAUGUGUCUGUUUAACGUGCCCGAGAUCAAGGUGCUCUACGGCGGGCAGAAAUGUGGAAACGGCUAUGUGGAGGAAGGAGAGGAGUGUGACUGCGGUGAGCUGGAGGAGUGUACCAAUCCCUGCUGCAACGCCACAACCUGCACGCUGAAGGACGGUGCUGUUUGUGCUCACGGACAGUGUUGCACAGACUGCCAGCUGAAGCCAGCUGGGACGCCCUGCCGAGAGUCCGCAAACUCCUGCGACCUUCCCGAAUUCUGCACCGGUGCCCACCCCCACUGUCCCGCCAACGUCUACAUGCAUGAUGGCCACGCCUGUCACAGCGUCGACGGCUACUGCUACAACGGCAUCUGCCAGACCCACGAGCAGCAGUGCAUCACGCUGUGGGGCCAGGGAGCGAAGCCAGCCCCUGGGAUCUGUUUUGAGAGGGUCAACUCUGCCGGAGAUCCCUAUGGAAACUGUGGAAAGGAUUCAAAGGGGUCUUUUGCCAAAUGUGAAGCACGAGAUGCACAGUGUGGAAAAAUCCAGUGCCAAGGAGGGGCCAACCGGCCCGUCAUCGGCACAAACGCCGUUUCCAUAGAAACCAACAUCCCACUGCAGGAGGGGGGGCGGAUCCUGUGCAGGGGGACACACGUGUACCUGGGGGACGACAUGCCCGACCCAGGACUGGUUCUAACCGGGACCAAGUGCGGUCAGGGAAUGAUGUGUCUGAACCGGCGGUGCCAGAAUGUCAGCACAUUUGGAGUGCACGAGUGUUCUGGGAAAUGCAACGGCCACGGGGUCUGUAACAAUAAGAAGAACUGCCACUGUGAGGCGCACUGGAGCCCUCCUUUCUGUGAUAGGUCUGGUUUCGGUGGGAGUGUGGACAGUGGUCCCAUGAGACUGGCAGCAGACGGCAGGAGUGUGACAGUGGCGGUCCUGGUGGUGAUGGCGGUGGUAAUAACCGCUGGUCUCAUCAUGUGCUGCAAGAGGAAGACUCUCAUUGGCCUGCUUUUCACCAACAAGAAGACCACCAUCGAGAAGCUCAGGACCGUGGGCUCGAGCAGGCCGUCCAGCCCAAAUCAGCCGCACUCUGCGUACAGAGGCUCCCCAAAGCACCAACCCCCAGCCAAACCCCACAGCUACAGCAUUUACAAGCCUGGCCACCUAGGGGCGGAGCCUCUUCUCCCACCUCAGCGAUUCCCCUCCCACAGCCUGUGCAGGCUCCCCCAGUACCAGCCAAUCCGCAUCAGCCCUCCCAUCCCCAUGGCCCCGCCCCCGGCUCCACCCCCACACAGGGCCCUCCCUCCGCUUGGCCACUCCCCUCAGACAGCAGCCUCUUUCCGCAGCUUGCCUCGUCAGCGCCCCUACAGGCCAGAGCAGGACUGGGAGAAGCCCAGCCCGCCCCAGAAGCCCCUGCCUGCAGACCCCCUGAGUCGAACAUCCCGGCAGGGCUGUGGUCCCUCUGCCGGGGGCAUCCGCGUUCCCGUGCCCGUCCCAAUCCUCAGUGCCCCCCAGUUCCCCCGCCCUGCGCCUGCCGUCCCACAGCACACCAGACCCGCCCCCAGGCAGUCGCGCAACCUGCCAAAGCCGCAUACGAUCGGCAAUGUGAAGUAGAGGACGGAAGGACAGGGCACGUGUACGCCCGUACACAGAACACGAUCCUAAUUUGCACUAAGAAACUUGAACCCUUUGGAUUCAUUUUUGUCAUUUGAGUUUCUCAAAAAGGGACUGAGCCCAGUUUG